ACCAUAAUCGUUCAACACGCGCGUUUGAGUGCGCUCCGUGUAUGUUCGAAUUGAGAAAUGGCGGCUAGGUCAAGUUUGUAUACGUGUGUGAAUUGCGGUAGUCAAGUGCAAGAACUGUUCAAGCAGUACAGUCCAGCCGUUUUAAAAUUAGUGCACUGUGGCAAGUGCCAUAAAAUUGCUGAUAAGUACAUUGAGUAUGAUCCUGUGAUUGUUAUGAUAGACCUUGUGCUACUGAAUGAACAGGCAUAUAGACAUGUUUUGUACAAUUCACCAUCCCAGUCUCAUCAAGGGAAUGCCAGGAUAGUCACACUUCAAUUAGCCAAACCCAGCUCCUUCUCAGUCUCUGUCUGCGUACCAUUCAUGAUCAUCUUCCAACUUGUCUGGCACUGCAUAACCUACAUAGAUGAAGCAGUGUUGUUAAAUAAUAACCACUGGAGACUGGCUGUGAUUUUGGUACUGUUUGAAGCAUAUUCAGAAUGGAUGACACAUAAAGACGUAAAAUCAUCUGGCAAAAGCCAUACAUCUCCUUAUGAUUUGUUUGAAGGGGAACAGAGCUUCUACUUCGAGUGUUUGCAGACUGUUGUAGGGUCAUCCAUGCUGUUACUGCUCACGUACACUCUGACAUGGUUACGAUGGUGGGUUCAUGCUGAGUGUAGACCACAGAACUACAGAAACAUAAUUCUGUGGAAUGCCCUUGUUUUAUCUAACUGUGGUAAAUUUCUGAUGAUCCCCAGCUUAAUAUGGGGAGAAAUUGGUACUGAAACCCAUUCUCUUUUUAUAAUGGGCUACACAUUCCUCUCCCAGUUGAAAGUAUACUCAGUUGUUUGUAACACAUCAAAAGUUGGAGCUGGAUUUAUAAUAUUCUUUGGAUUAGUUGCAAAAUAUUACUUAUGUUACAUGAUCAGUAACAUGAAAUUGCAAUGAAGAUUAUCAGCAGUUGUGAAAUGCUGCUCGCUUCAAGGUGCAGAAUAUACACACAAGUGUUCCUAUUUACUUUAGACCCCGGGUUCACAACGUAAAUCAACGUCACAGACAUCAUACUGUGGGGUCACAGAUCAGUACAGUUGUGACUGAAAAUAAUUUAAUUUCAAGAAGUGUCAGGAAGAUUGAACUGAAUGUUGGGAGAUUCCAUUUGUUGCAGAUUUGAGUUGUAAUAUUUUUAUGUUUAUUUUAAGAAUUUUAUGUAUAUUAACACAUAUGAUGUAUUAAAUAUGAUAUUAGG